AUGGAGCAACAAUCAUCUGAUACUCGCAUUUUCGUACAAGAUAAGUCAAUAACAACAAAACAUUCACCGUAUUUUCUUUUACUUAUUUCACCUGUUACAUGGUUCAAAUGUUUUUCACUCAUCUUUUAUCGUACUCAAGCACGAACACGAUCCAUUGCUAUACUUCAAUAUUUCGUUCUUCUAUUAACAGUUCUUCUCAUGACUGUUUCCUGUUAUCUUUCUUACGUAUUAGCCGAUGAUGGAGGUCAAUAUAAUCUAUAUCUAUCUAAUGUUGCUUCAAAUAUUACAUCAAUGAACGAAGGAAGAAAUUUAUUUAAUAAACUUAUCUGGCGAACUGUGCUCAAGACAUUUUUUCUUAGUAUUGUUUUUGGUCUUAUUCAAGCAUGUAAUUAUUUCUUAGCUGCUCAAUGGCGUCAACGGCUUUGUGAUCGUUUUUAUGAAUUAUCAUUUCGAUCACCUAAUGGAUGUGUCUUAUAUGAUAUGGUACAAACAAAAGAUAACAUAUAUAAAGUGUUUAUUAAUGAUAUAAAACAGUUUACAAGUAGUUUUGCUUCAGUACUUUUUGGAUGUUUGUUUUUCAAAAGUAUUAUUUCUAUGUUUGCUUUGAUUAUUACUGCUUGUGUGUUUAUUGUACGUACAACAGAUGGAGAUUUAAGUGGAAUUUUGAUUUGUUUUAUAGCAUUUAUUUUUUGUAUAUUAAUUACAUUACCUGGUGCACAUUUAUACAAUUCGAACUUAGUAACACAAUCCAAACGAAAAGGUCAUCUUCGUUCGUAUAUACAACGUAUUCAAACCUAUGCUCAAUGUAUCGUACUCUAUGGAAGUCAACGAGUAGAAUUCAAAUAUAUUCAACAAUUAUUAUCAGCUGUUUUUGUUAUUACUGGAUUAUGCACAUAUACUAUACCUUCUGUUAUAUUCUUCUAUAUUCGAAAAACACAAAGUCCAGAAUUAGCACGAAAUCUUUUAAAUGUUGUAGGCGCGCCAUUAUUACAAAGUGAAGUAAAUCUCGAGGCUAGACGUGGUCAAUGCGUUCUUAUUUCUGGACCAAGUGGAUGUGGAAAAACAUCAUUAUUUCUUAUUUGUGCUGGACUUCGAUCCAUUGAUGCCAAACAGAUCAUAUUACCGGCAAGGCAUCAUCUUCUAUUCAUUCCACAACGAUCCUAUCUUCCACAUGGUAGUUUACGUUUUCAAGCUCUCUUUCUUAUACAUGAUCAAAGUACCAUCAAUGAUAAAGAUCUCUUUCAAUUGUUUCAUUCAGUCAAUCUACUGUAUUUACUAGAAAGAUAUGCUUUAGAUACAACAAUCAUCGAUUGGCUAUUGAGUCUCAUUAUGGCUGGUAUUAGUACAUGGUCUUUUUAUAUUUUUGUUGAUCGAACUGCAGCACUAUACAGUGGUCUUUCCCAUUAUGCUAGUGGUUCUAUCACUCUUGAUGAAGCAAAACAAUCAAUCAAAUCAGAUAUUGUUAGCUAUAUACUUAUUAUAAUAACAAUACCUAUAACGUAUUCAUUAAGUGUUGGUGGUGGUCGAGCAUUAGCCUCACUCUAUACACGAAGACAAUUAAAUUAUCUCUCACGUUUACUCUUAGAUGCUUUCGAGAUAGAUAAUGCAAAUAAUCUAUUGUAUUACAGUAGACAUAUGUCAAUGAUACCUAAUUUUAUUUCACAUGAGAUUGCUGAACUGAAUACUGAAGUAUUCAAUAUAUUAUUUGGACAAGCGCAUGGAUUGAGCUCAAUCACAGAUGACAGUUAUGCUCAACAACUUCUCAAUGAGUUUAAUCUAGGUCAUCUUAUAGAUCGUUAUUCUAUGGACGGAAAGAAACACAUUUGGUCCGAACUCCUAUCUAUUGGAGAACAACAACGACUAAUGAUGGUCACUGCAUUUCUUGUUGGCACAGAAACUAUACGAUUAUUCAUUCUUGAUGAGACAACAUCAGCUUGCGAUAAACACAUGGAAAAAGCUAUCUAUGAACAUCUUCAACGAUUAAAUGUACAAUUUAUAUCUAUUUCUCAUCAAAGAAAUCUUCGCAAAUAUCAUUCACAACAAAUGACGAUCGAUACUAGACAUAUGUCAAUCCCAAUACCAGUUCUCAAAACGAGAUUUUAA